UUGUGUGAAGUACUGACUGUUCGACUGAAUUUCGAAGGCGGAGGGUAUUAGAUACAAAAAUAUAUUUUGUAUCUGUUAGUUAUUACCUGAAAUUGAAAUCGUCACUUGUUGUCUGUGUUGUCGAUCGUUUGUUGUGUUCUUCGUUCGACGUUUUUUUUUUUUUUUUUUUUGAAAUUUCUGUUUCAUUUAGUCUCUCUCUUUAUGAACGAUUGCAGUGUCAAUGUUUGUUUUAAUUGUUUUUUACAUUUCAACUUUUAUAAUUUGUUUAAAUUUUAUUUAGUUUAUUUUUCCAUUGUACUUUAAAGUCACGGUUUAAAGCUUAAAAUUCGAAAAAUAAACGUUAACGGACCAAACACGGGAAAUAUAUUGCAAACAACGUUUACAAAAAAUUGAGCCUAUUUGUACUUUAGUUUCAAAUUAACGGAGAAAAAAGUGCUUAGAAAGUUAUUUAAAGAGAAAAUUAACAACACCAAAAAAAAAAAAACGGAAGUGAAAGAAAAAUUUAAAUAAAACAAACAAUAGAAAAGAGAAAAUAAUAAAUUCUAAAUAACAAAAUAUAAAACUAUAAUGAAAAAUCGUAAUCUACUGGAUGGUUCGAUGGCGUCAAGUAAUUGUGCAGCAGCAGUAGCAACAACAAUGUGUUUAGCAAGUAAUGCAAAUAAUUGCAGCAACAACAACAAUAAUAGCAAUAUUAAAAACAAUGUUACAACGUUAGGCCACCCACACAGUCAUAAUAACAAUAACAUAAUGGCUUACAACGGAAACGGAAAUGCUAACGAAUUCAACAGCAGCAAUAAUAUGACGACCACCUCUAUGUGCAAUAAUAUUACUAGCAACAAUAAUAAUAAUAAUAACAACACUACCUUAACAACAGCCACCUGCACAGAGUUGGGAAGUGCAGCAGCAACAACAGUUUUAUCCUUAAAUUCUAUAAAUUCAAUAAUGCCAACAGAAAAGCUAACAACAGCAACAAAAACUACAUCUGCUAUGGCACCAACAAUUGUAUCGUCAAUUACCACAAUGCAAACAACAAACAAAUCAACAACCACACCCACCUCACCGCCUAUAAGUCUGACCACAAAUGGCCAUCAUCAACAUUCUCAAAAUCAUCAACAGCAGCAGUAUCAUCAUAAUCAUCAUCACCAGCAUAAUCAGCAGCAUCAACAACAGCAACAACAACAACUUUAUCCUUCGAUAACACCAACAUAUUGGCAACCUGCACCAAAUCCAGCCCCAUAUUUAGUUCCAGGUAUGUUUUUAAUAACGCUUGACCUAAGAUAAGUAUAUAUUAUCAAAAAGUAUAUCUUUCUCAAAUUCUUUUAAUAAAACCUUUUAGAAAUAUUCCAAACAAUUAACUUUAAAAAACCAUAACAACUAAUCCUCCUCCUUCAUCUUCGUUUAUUUGCAAAUUCCUGUUAAAACCUUUAAAACACCAAUAUUUUAUUACUAUAUAUAAAUUUGAAUCAUUUUAUUAGAAAUGCGAGUCAUGUUUUGAAAAUAUUUUCGUUCUCAUACUCUUAGUGCACCAGGGGAAAAAGUGGAAUAUUGCAUUUCUUUUAUUUUUAGGUUUAUUUGCUGGCAUUGUUAAAAAGUAUUAAACAUUUAACAGACAUUGCGAAUGUAUGUCUGCAUGCCUGCCUAACUGCCUAUCCAUCUAUUUGUCUCGAUUUUGUAAAAUGUCUUUUCAAAUAACCAUAAAUAUAUACAUACAUAGCUAACUGUAUGGCUGAAUGACUGACUAACUGACAUGUCUAACUAUUGGGGUAUUUAUACCUGGAAUGGCAAAAUAAAACAGCAAUAAUAUUUUAGCAUGUUAAUGUUUUAUAAAUUUCAUAUAAUGUAGGCUUGAUUGCUAAAAGAAGACGAAAUAAGAAAAGUUUUGUUGUUAUACCCUACAUCAAAAAAAGUCCGUCCAUCUAUACAUAUAAACUUUUAAACUUGCCACAAUUUAAAAAAAAAUCCAUAAAAGAGGUUUAAUCUUUAUCAUAAAGCCGAUAGAUUGUGCUGACACCUUAGUCUUCGAUCUGUCAAAACUUCUAAAAUAUGGUAAAUAUAGAUGUUUUUUCAGACAUAAUGGCACGAUAUCUGGAAAAUCUGAUGUAAUGAAUUAAUUUAGAGUCCAGAUUCAGUGCAAUUCAGUUCUUUAGAAAAGUGUACUUUGACCUCUGGGUUAAAAAUUUGUUGGCAAUAUUUUAUAACAUUCAUUUGUUUGAAUUGUGAACAAAAUUGUGAAAACCUUGAUACAAGACCUUUUUAUCCUUGGGCUCAGCUUACCAAGUUUUCAGAAACGGUAUCUUAGAAUGAAUUAAACUUCUAUUUUCUUUGGGGAAAUCAGUAUCUUAUUUCAACUUUAUAUAAAGGGAGCCACUCUAAUGUACACAUAUAGAUAGUUCAUAAAAUAAUAUUAAAAAUUGAUUAGGUAUAAACAAAAUUCUAUUCUAGAAUUCUUUUAUAAAUAAAACAAGUAAGAAAUUAUAGUCGGGCGAGGCCG